AUGUCUUCAGCUAGUAGAAGUUCCAUUAGAACUGCAGGAGGUGGUAUGUAUGAGUCAGAAACAAUGAGACUCCAAAGGGAAGUUGAUACUUUCACUCAGAAAUAUGAGCAUGAGAAACGCAGACUUCUCAUCCUUGAGGAAUAAAUAAAGUAGGUUAAUGCUGAAUUAGAAGAAAGAGACAAAUCAAUUUCUUAAUUGAAACCUUCUUAGCUCGUUGAGAAAAAAACAAACAUAAAAAUCCAGUCAACUUCAAAGCAUGUGAAUAACGAAAGAGUGAAAUUAAACUAGACCAAGUCUAAAAAUCAAAAGAUGAGAAAUGAGAUAGAUGUCUUAAGAAAAGAACUAACUAGUGCCAUUGGAGAGGUUGAGAGAAUUAGGAAGAAUAUUAAGAGAGCAAAGAAGGAAGCUGAGUCCUAAAAUAAAGAUUAUGUUAUUGGUAAGAAAGUCAGUGAGGAGGCAAAUAAUCAGAUUAUUGCAUUAAGAGCUAAGCAUGAGGAAGAAAAAGAGAGAUUUGAGAUAGAAAUUUAAAAGUUACAGGAAAGACUUAAGGAGAAGGAUGAAGUCAUUGAGUUUGAUGAUAAAAACUUCGACUAAUCAUAUUCUCAAGCAAAGGAUAAGACAAAGACAAGUGAUUUUUCAAAUCCAGUAGCUAUUCUUAAACUAAGACUCAAUAAGAUUGUAGCAACUAAUAAAGAAAAGAAGAAGCUUAUGGAUCAAUAUAUUAGGAACGUAAGAGUUAUUGAAGAUGCUUUCGAUUAGAUAAAAGAAGCCAGUGGCAUUUCAAAUAUUGAGGAGAUCGUUACAACUUUUAUCAAAGCCGAGGAGUAAAAUUACUCUCUCUAUAACUAUGUAAACAUGCUCAAUACUGAGACUGACACUCUUGAGGAAUCAAAUAAAGAAAUCAAGGAUCAAAUUAAUAGAAUCCUUGAGAGAGGUUAACUGUCAGAGAAGGAAAGAGAAGAUCUAUAGUAAUAACUUGAGGGUGAUUGCAAUGAUCUUGAAAAUGAAAUUGACAGAAAUUAAUAAGAAGCUGAAUAGACAAAGAAAACCUUCAGAAAAAUUCAACAAUACGUUGAAAAGAUGGUUGAAAUGUUUAAAAAGUCAAGAUUCUUCCUCUCAGUGGCCUAGAAGAUGUCUUAUGAUGAGGGUUUUACUUUCAAUGAGUCAAAUAUUGUCUAAUACUUGGCUGAAUUAGAGGAAUAUAUCUCUUCUUUAAUUACUUACACAGCCUUUAAAAAAGAUGAUCCAAAUGCUGCCAUCAGUGCUAUUCCACUAGAAAAGCUGAAUCAAAAAGACUUCCAGAGGAAAGACCUUGCUAUCGAUGCUCCAGUGGCUUACGAGUUGAAUCAAGACAGUGCUCUCCCAGGAGCAGAAGAAAACGAAAUUAUUAGCUCUAAACAGCUGUAUAAGUAGUUCAUGAAAUUGGUUGAUGGCAAAAACAUUAACUUUGUGACUUAAAAUAUGGCAAAGUAGCAAUAGCAAACGCAAAACUUCAUCGCUAAGGUUGAUGAUGAUCUGCCCUGA